CGGGGACCAGGCGAUGGCUUUCGCAUCCCGGGAGGGGCUCACCGGGGCGAGGGGCCACUCUUGGCGCGGGCAAGUGGCGCUGUCUGGCGGGGCGGCCCGCUCGGGUCUCGCCGGGCUGGCGGGGCAGCUGGUGCGUUCCGCUGCCCCGCUUGGCGCCGGCAUCAAGUCCCCGUGCCGGGCAACUACUGAGUUUGGGGUCGCCUCUGGGUUCUUCUCUGGGUUCGCUGCCCCGGGAGAACCCGAGCCCGGAUCUUCGCCCCUUCCCUUUCCCUGUAUAAUAAGGCCCAGAGGGAAAAACUUCUCAAUUAAAAACCCCACAGCUUGUUGCCCCUGGGCUGCAGGCGCCAGGUUGGGGGCACGGCGCGGACCUGCCCCUCGGCAGGGCCCCUUCUCCACGCCAGGCGCUGCCUGGCAAGGCUGCUGGAGGGAGAUCUGGCCGCAGAUGGUGAAGGAGAACAUCGAGGCCCCCGGUCCCCAAGCAGGGCUCCAUGGACCGGGCGGCGGGCCUUGGUAAGCCCAGGCGAGGGGCGAACUUCUUUUCCCCGGGGCCGACGCGGAGGGAGGGUGCGGGGAACGCCCGCUGAGAGGCCUGUCCUGCGGUACCCCAGUGGAGAGCAGAGCCUUAGAGGGGCCUGCUAGUCUUAGUAUUUACUGGCAGAAGGAAGGCUUAUUUCUUCAGAUCUCUUCAGAUACGACCUGGCGGGCAGCAGACGUGAAUCUGUAGUUGAGUGCAGUCAGCUCCUAAACGGGCAUGCGGUGGAUGAAGCGCCCCAAACUUGGCAUCUUGCGUCUGGCACUUUGUUUUUGGGCUAAACUGCUUCUGGCGUCUUCAACCUCCUGUGCCUCUUUCUGUUUUUGUUUGUUUGUUGUUGUUUUUUUUUUUCUAUUUUCCUUCCUCUUUGAGAAAGGACAGUGGUUUUAGAAGUAAUGACCUGAGAGCUUUGUAGGUUGAAGUGGGACAAGUUUCCCUAAGGUGCAGUUGGCAGUUGCCAGGAGCCUGCAGGUGGCUUUUUCUCAGGCCUCUGGGUCAGGGUCCCUCCAGUGAGGUGAGGCAGGGGUUUCUCCCCUCCCAGAGGUGUGGCCACUACGCAGGGGGACAGGAACUGGGUUUCCCAGUCCGGGGAGUCCAGGAUGCCUUGCCCUCUGCGCUGAUUCCUGGGUGACCGUGGGGGCUGCCUUCCCCGCCAGGCUGCGCUGGAGAGGGUCUCCUGAGCUUAGGAUCUGUGGGGCAGGAGAGCUGGGGUGACAAGGACACGUGGAACCUGCUGGGGCUCCGGGCAUUGUCCAGGGCAUGAGUAGAUAAAGCUGGAGCUUGCAGCUGUGUGCCGGCAGCCCUCGGUGGGCCCUACCAGUACUGGCAGGGGGGCCCUUGGAGUGGGCUCCCUGGCUGGGCUGGAACUGGGUGAUGGCAGUAGCAAUGGGGCACCAAGUCUUCCCUCUCAUUUGUUAGGAAGUGCGGUCUGUGCUCCUCCCCACUGUCUGGCUCUUGGGCUGGGAGAAGCUGCAGGCUGAGUCCCACGGGGUGUGAGUGUGUGUGAGCAGGAGUGUGUGCUGGAAGGAGGUAAAGCUGGUGACCAUCAGCUCCUCGUUCUCUUCUACCUUGCAUGUUUUCUCUGACACCCCAGACCCAAGUUGUGGCCUGCUAGUUAACUUGUUUACAUAACCUUCUUAAGUAGUUCUAACCUUUAAAAAAAAAUCAAAAUGUUAGUUUCACAGGAAUAAUUGGUGGGGAUGGAUUGUGAAAUGGAGGUGCAUAAAUAUCCAGUUUGCCAACUGAGCUAAGAAAUGCUGGAUAAAAGUGAAAGAUAAUUGUAAAAGACACUGAUCACAUCCCUGGAAGCUUAGAGGUGGGAUAAGACACCUUGAUUUUUCCUAGACAAACCUGAGGAAGUCAGAGGAAAAACAGUUGAUGGUAAGGUUGGCAUCACCCUGCGCUGUGUUUGGAUUGGGCCGCUGUGGCUGCGGUGAGGGCUGUUGGAGUGGGGGUUGAGCCUGGCUGCAGAGGCCCCCUCCAGGCUUCAGCUCCUCUCCGGCGCUCCUGGCUGUCCUCUGCCACGCAUACCUGUCCCGGUGACUCAACAGGUGUGGGCCUCAGGGGACACCAUGGUCUGAAGUCUUGGAGAAACCUUUACUAUCCAGGGGAGGAGAGGACUGGCAGUCGGUGGGAAUUGAGACCCAGCACACAUCACUGGGUGGCUUGAAUGUCUUCGGCAGAGAUCACAUGCCCUGCCUUGCAGCCUGGUCCUUAGAGAAACGGACAGGGUGGAGAGAGCUCUGGGCCUGGGCGGCGGUCCUGGCUGUACUGCUCACAGGCUGUGUGCCCUCCCCCUGCAGUCUCAGUUCCUCACCCUUACCAGGUGGCCGUGAGGACUGGGAACGUGGAGGCACAGGUAGGGUGUAAGGUAGCCACUGACCACCAGGCAGGCCUCCCGGAUGUAGGUCAAGUUUGAGACGGUUGCUCACCAGGAGGCAGCCUGUGUGCCCAGCAGGGGCUGGGGGUGCUCAUUGUUCCCUUGGGUGGUGGUUGGCCCGAGCGCCCACAGGGUGGCUUCUCUGGCUCCUUCCGUUCCCAGAGUUCCUCCCCACCCGCCUGCCGCCCACCGCCCACCGCCUGGGUUGGGUCCAGCUCAUGUCUCAGAGCAGCCUGCUGGCACAGGCUGAGUCAGCUGUCGUGGGCACUGUCUUUUCUCGCCUCUCCUGAAGCCAAUCCUCCCCUCUCUCCCUGUCCAGACACACCAGGGAGGCCCGGGAGUUAGGUGACCUCAAGGUCAUGCAGCCAGGCUCUCUCUGUGGAAUCCUGCGUAUUGGUGGGGUGCCAUUGCUGUGUGCAUUAUGAUUUCUGUGCCGGCUGUGAGGUUUCCCAGAUUGGGCUGUGGGGUACCCCUGAGUCUGCAAGUUGGCCCAGGCCAGGUGUGUCACCACUGCCCAGGCCUUCAGUGGCUUUCCAGUGCUCCCUCCACAUCCAUGUUACUCAGCCUGAUUUUUCUCAAGUUCCCCCACUCACUCCCAAGAAUGGCCCCUCCAGGCUGUCCUGGCUCCAGGCAGACAGGCUCAUUGCCCAGAUCUGCCCUGGGUUGUCCCCACCCCAUCCCCACCUGUCAUCUUGGCCCAUGUCCAUCCCGGAGAUCCCAACUGAAUGUGGGCUCUUUCCCUUUUAUCCCUUGGUCCUCAGAUUUGCCAGGCCACUGUUGCCUCCAGGCCUUUGCACAUGCUAUUCCCACCCCCUUGGCAUCAGCCACCCCCAGAUGCCCACCUGGCCGGCCCCUCACUUAUUGCCGGCUCCCUGACAGCCCUACAUAAAUUAGCGUUACUUCCCCUUCUCUUGUUAACCUUGCUUUGUGUUUCUCCUCAGUACUCAACAUUCGGUGUGUUAUUUAUAUACUUGUUUGUUUAUUGUCAGUCUCUUACCACUCAAAUGUAAAGGACUUUGUUCACCUCUGGAUCCCCAGUAGCUAGAAAAGUGCCUGGCACACAGUGGAGCCUUAGCGCUGUUGUUGGAUGAGCGAGUGAAUGAAGCACGGGAGCAUUAAUGUCCUUACAGCACAUGUCCUGCUCCCUGUGCCUCCUUUUCCUGAGUCCCAGAGCUGGAACCUAGCUGUGUUCACCUUCGGAUCCUCCUGGAAUGUAGCACAGACCCUCACUCAGUGAGAGCCCCACGCCUAAGGAACAGGAGUGCCACAACCACAGCCCCGAUGGGGACUCCAGUUCUGACUACGUGAACAACACCUCUGAGGAGGAGGACUAUGACGAGGGCCUCGCUGAGGAGGAGGAGGGCAUCCCCUACUACAUCCGCUACUGCCCUGAGGAUGACAGCUACCUGGAGAGCAUGGACUGCAACAGGGAGGAGUACCUGGCUCACGGCGCACACCCAGUGGACAUUGACGGGUGCCAGGAUGCAGUGGAGUAGACGGCCUGGACGGGCCUGCACCCCCAUGGUCACGGGGCUAAAGGCAGCCAGGACUACCCUGAUGGCCAACUGCCCAUCACGGAGGAUGAGCCCUCUGUCCUGGAGGCCCACGACCAGGAAGAAGACGGUCACUACUGUCCCAACAAAGAGGGCUGCCAGGACUACUACCCUGCGGAGGCUAACGGGAACACCAGCGCUUCUGCCUACCCCCUGAGGUGCGGGGACAGGGACCUGGAGGACCAGGAGGACAUCGACCAGAUCGUGGCAGAGAUCAAGAUAAGCCUGAGUAUGACCAGCAUCACCAGCACCAGUGAGGCCAGCCCCGAGCAUGGGCCUGAGCCAGGGCCUGCAGGCUCUGCAGUGGCCUGUCCACCUGUCAAGGCCAGCUGCAGGCAUGAGGCGAGGCCCAAGUCGCUGAACCUCCUUCCCGAGGCCAAGCACCCCGGAGACCCCCAGAGAGGCUUCAAGCCCAAGACCAGGACCCCAGAAGAGAGGCUGAAGUGGCCCCACGAGCAGAAUGGGACAACAGAAGAAGUGACUUCAGAGGAAGAGGAAGAAGAGGAGAUGGCUGAAGAUAUAGAAGACUUACAUCACUACGAGAUGAAAGCAGAGCCGAUUAGUGGGAAAAAGUUGGAGGAUGAAGGAAUUGAAAAAGAAAAUUUGGCGAUAUUAGAGAAAAUUAGGAAGACUGAAAGGCAAAACCAUUUAAUUGUGGUUGACCCUGAUAGUCCUUUGCACUGUGAUCUUCAGAUCUUCAAAGAAAAAGAAGGCGUAGGAGAUAUUUUGCUUAACUUAUCUUUUAAGGAAUUGUUGUGGUUGUCAAUUGGGUUGUCUUCCUGAAGUAUGAAUCUGGUAUGUAUUGGGUGGAGGAGCAUUAUGUAUUGAACUUCUCACAAAACAGGGCUGAAGCAGUGCCUACUCGACAGAACCAGUCAUCGUACAAAGAAAUGCCACCUGACUCAAAGGCAAAGCCAGAGUGCAGCUUGGAGCAAAGAAGGUA